CUUGUUUUAGAAAGUUGGAAUAUAGUACAACAGGACAUCUCCAAGGUUGGAGUCGUUAUGUUUAUGAAUUUGUUCGAGACGCACCCGGAUGUACAGGAUGUAUUCAUGCCCUUUAAAGGAAAGUCAAAAGAAGACCUUAAACAGAGCACGCAGCUUCGUUCACAUGCAUUGCGUGUGAUGGGGACAGUAGAGAAGUGCCUUGCUAGAAUAAAUGAACCACAGAAAAUGGAUGAAAUGCUUCACCAACUUGGAUCUCGUCACGUGAUGUAUAAUGCCAAAGUUGACUACAUUGAUUUAAUUGGUCCUCAGUUUAUCUGGGCAAUUCAACCAACACUAGGCGACAAAUGGACACCGGAACUAGAAGCGGCGUGGUCAGAUCUAUUUAAACAUGUCGCCUAUAUCAUCAAGAGAGCCAUGGUU